UAAAGUUGCUCUCGGCUGGUUGUAAAUGACGGUCAUGUGACAGGACUUUGAGCUUUCUGUGUGUCGCUGUGAACCUGGAGCAGUUACACUACGAGGAGACUGAACGUCCUCCUCUUUCCUCAGAAGUGAUCUGUGGCCGGCCGGACUUCAUUCCACAGAUGUGCUUUAACAAAGUGUGAAGCUGAACUCUGAGCUGUGACAGUGUGAGCAGUGUGAGAGUGUCAGUAGAUGAUCAGCAGAGGAAAGUGAGAGCUGCUGUGAGCUGAUGUCCUGAAGGGCUUUUAAAGAGUCUCUGAGUUUGACAGGAACAUGAAGAUGUUUGUGGUGUUUGUGAUCCUCCUGCACGUUUCCCAGCAUGACUCAGCUGCUUUGGAGAUCUAUGAGGGGGACUCGUUCCAUCUGCCCUGUGAAUUUGACACUUUCGAUAUGAGUGACCCCACAGUGGUGUGGAGUCGCUCUGACCUCAGUCCUCCAACCGUCCACCAGCGUCAGCUUCUUGGAGAUGAACUGAAAGAUCAAAACCAGCGUUACAGCGGCCGAACAUCCAUGAAGACUGACGCUCUGGAAACUGGAGACCUCAGCCUGACCCUGACUGACCUCCAACUGUCUGACAGCGCCACCUACACCUGCUCCGUCAGAGACCCUAUAUUUGGCUAUGAGAGACUAGGAGAUGUGCAGUUGCAGGUCAAAGAACGGUUUCCAACCUGGGCCAAAGCUCUCCUGGUUCUCCUGGUUCUUCUUGUGGUUUCUGGAGGUCUUUUAUUUCAUUUUCGGCACCAUUUUAAGUCUGUUUACAAUGUGGAGGUGGAUUCAGGGGUGGAGUCUGUCCAGCUGCCCUGCAAGACCACAGUUUGCCUGCCCAAAGACGCUAAAGUGGAGUGGACUGAUGGUUACAGGAAAGUCCACGUGUAUGAGAAUGAUUCUGACCAGCCUGAAGAACAGCAUCCAUUUUACAGAGACCUAAUCAGAAUGAAGAGAAACUUGCUGAAAAUUGGAGACCUCAGUCUGACCCUGAAAUACCCUACAGUCACAAACACCUACACCUGCACCGUCUAA